CGAUCUCCCAAAUUCUCCGCUCCUCCUCCCCCGAACAGUAGGCCGCCGGCGGCGGCGGCCUUUACGGCCACGCCGUAGACCCCACCUUCUUCCGAGCCAUCGAGUGGCUCUUUCUCCACCGGCGUCGAGCGCUUCCAAUCGCCGCUGUUCUCCCCUGCAUAAGCCAUCGAGGCCCUCCUCCCCUUGGCCGUCGUCCUCCGCUGCAUCGGCCGCCGUCGGGUACCCCAUCCCCGACUGUCGUCCUCUUACGCUGCCUCCCCCCUAAGCAAACAGAAGGGGGAUUUGGGAUUUCAGGCACCAGCCUCUCCAGAAGCAAGUUCAAACCCAGAAAAGGAGGGCCUUGUUGCUACGCAAGUCCCCAUGGCAGCUGCAACUGGCUAUGACGGCCCGAAUGAUGAGCAGUUGCAUGCGUAUGCCGACCUAAGGUAUGCUGAUCUACCAUUCUAUGGGAGCAAUCUGGCAGAGGUUUUUGCCGUGCGUGUCCCUGAUGCAGCCGCCUCCUCCCAUGGAAAGAGACUCCCACCCUGUGGUAUUAUUGUCUGUAUGGCUGGCGCAUAUUCAUCUCAGUCUGCUUUGGUCUUCGCAAGGAGCCUCCAUGAUGACCCUGUCACCCCACAACCUUGCGAUUGGCAGGGCAACCUUGUGCUAACUGGUCCUGGAAGAGCCAUCUCAGCAGAUGGACCUGUCGGGUUUCGCAUCCAUCUUGAAGACAACAGUCAAGAUAGCUCUACUGAAGAAACCUGGAAGAAGAGUGUGCUUUUAUACCGUGAGGACCCUGCACUUGACAGGCCGCUAUUAGAGACUACCAAUACUCCUUAUGGUCCUGUGGAGGUGACCUAUGCCGUCCUGAGCCAGGGAGUUGAAUGCGAAGUUGCUGUGAGGCUUACUCAUCGCGAUGUAAAAGAUCCUAUCAGCCUUUUUGGAAGAAUUGUUGCUCGCAGCGAGCUGUUUGAUAUUGGCUGCGUGCUUUUCUACAAUGAAGAUGUGAAGGACAUAUGUGCACGAUCAGGAGAGCUGAUUCCCUUGGCUAGAACUCAGCUUGCGGUGCCACUGUACAAGGUGCUGGUAAUUGAAUUGGAUCUGCACUCUGAUUGUGGUGAUGAGAUCAUGAGAGGCACACUAGAGUUUGAUCCCUUGCCCGAAGGCGAGCAAAUGGGGCGUCUUAUCAGCAAGAGUGGUACUGAAAUCGAAGUGAAGAUCAUCAUUUCAGAAUACUUUAGGUAGUGUGUUCCUUGGUCGAGGUGGGUCACUUUAAUAACAUAUGAUCAAGACUCUGGAUGCCUGUGUGCCCAGUCCCCUGUGUUGUAGUACUACCCAAGCUUCCUCUACUCUCAUAUUACAUCCAUUAUCAGGUCAAAAGUAAAAUGUUUGCACAGUGACAGUACCCUGUGGCUUAAUGUUAAUAUAUGAUCUGAUGAAAUUCUAAGUUCACGCAUGUUGGUCUUCUAGGAGCGUGCUAGUGUUUUUU